GGCACCCUGCGCAGCCACCACAAUUUUCUGCAGCGGGCGGCCUUCACCACCUCCACCAAGUACCUGCCGGACCGCAAGGAGAUCCUGAGGAGGCUCUUCUUCGAGGACGACCGCACGCAGGGCAGCGAGGUGGAGGCACUGGAGAACCUCGAGGCCUUCGUCGCGCUGGCGCGGCCCGUGGUGCGCUUCUGCCUGCAGAUGGACGGCGAGGCGCCCGAGCCGGAGCACGGCGACCGCGAGGCGGUGGAGGCGGACGACGUGGACAUCGCCUUCGGGCCGCUCGACGCUGGCGAGUCGGAGGAGGACCAGAUUCCUCCAGAGGAGGUCAUCCAGGGAAGCCUGGCCCUGCGGCGGUGA